GCAAAGACGAAACACGGCAAUUUCUCAGGUUUGUUGCAUUAAUUACGGAUUUUGAAAAACCCAGACUGCUGUCACUUGACGUCCUAAAGAACAUUCCACGGGAAUAGAGUUUUUUUACUUUUUCUUUCGACAGCUACAUAACUCUACAUGCAACCAUAGUCUCAUCACUCAUCAUCUUCAACGGUCAAGAGUACGCCUCUUCACUACCAAUCAAGAGCUUCACAGCAUCGCUUCCCGAUCACACUGCAGCCGAUACGAAUCUUGACAGUUCUACAGAAGCAGGGCGCCAGGCCUGAAUCUAUCGACACUAUUCCCAUAAGAUGGAUACGCACUCCGGUACCACACCUGUUGGUGGGCUUGUAAGUUCAACAAUUCUCGAGAAGAUUGACAAGCUUUUCGCUUGCAAUGCUGGAGAAUAUGUCGAUCUACCUCAAUUAGUAGUUGUAGGGGAUCAAUCUAGUGGCAAGAGUUCAGUGCUCGAAGGGCUCACAGGUUUGCCCUUCCCUCGAGAUAGUGGGCUGUGUACCCGCUUUGCAACACAAAUCACGUUCCGCCGGUCAAGCGAAGAAAACAUAGUCGCAUCCAUUAUACCAGCCAAAAGUAGCCCCCAAGAGAGACAACAGAAGCUCCGAGAAUGGAGCACAAGUCCCAUGCAGUCACUUGACGCAGACUCAUUCCGCAAUAUCAUGGAACAGGUAACGAGUACUAUGGAAAUCGGAUCGAACAUGAUGUCUGGUCAGCGCACAUUUUCCGAAGAUGUACUGCGCCUAGAAGUGUCUGGACCGUCCCAGGAACACUUCAGUGUCAUAGAUGUCCCCGGUAUCUUCAAGCGGACAACACAAGGCAUGACCACAAAGGAAGAUAUCGCCUUGGUUGACCAGAUGGUACACGGCUACAUGUCUAACCCGAGGUCUGUCGUGUUGGUUGUUGUUCCUUGCAAUGUCGAUAUUGCUACCCAAGAGAUUCUCGAACGAGCGGAAGACCUCGAUACUGAAGGAAUCCGUACCUUGGGCGUUUUGACGAAGCCUGAUCUCAUCGAUCAGGGCGGUGAGGGUGCUGUUGUAGAUUUGCUAGAGGAACGGAAGCACCGCUUGCGCUUGGGUUGGCAUUUGGUGCGAAAUCCCGGGCAAUUUUUUUCCAAGACAACGCCUUGGAAAAGUUUAGAUAAGGAAAAGUUGGGAGUCCAAAAGCUCAGAGUCCGGUUACAGGCGAUACUCGAAGACCAUAUACGUCGGGAAUUCCCCAAGGUCCGGUCUGAACUCUCACAAAAGCUGAAGAUAGCUAUGAAGAGUUUACGCCAACUAGGCCCGAAACGCCAGACGCGCGAGGAACAGUUCCAGUACGUAGUUGAUGUUGCUAUUCGGUUCCAGAACCUUGUAUCGGACGCACUAGAAGCUGGAUAUAACCGAUCAGGUAUAUUCGGACGCAAUCCUACUCUUCGACUCGCCACCCAGGCGAUCAAUCGAGGAGAGGCCUUCGCCAAGGCCCUGGAAAGCCAUGGCCAUGUAUAUCGGUUUCAAACAAAGGGCUCAUCAAUACAGAAUGGGAUUCUGGAGCUUACCAUGCACGACUCCGCUGACGUCGAGGUACGGACAGUCAAGGACGAUCCAGACAUUGAAGACCUCACCCAUGAAAACACCUCGGUUUCAGCCCCACCUGGUGAUGAUAUCAUUGAGUGGAUCGAUGAAUUGUACCGCGAAUCCAGAGGUUUCGAACUUGGCACAUUUGACGCCAAAAUAUUGGGUGUGACAUUGAAAGAACAGGCAGCCAAUUGGGGCUAUCUCGCACAUGGAUAUAUCAGCGACAUGAUUGCCUUGGUACAUAACUUCAUUGUCGAAGUGCUGCAGCAGGUCGCACCUAGCCCUCGAGUCUCGGACGGGAUCAGGAGAUUGUUGCUGGAUGACUUAAAAAAGAUGUAUCGAGAUGCGAUUAACCACACGCAGUUCCUUCUCGACAUUGAGCUCCGUGGAACACCUGCUACAUACAAUCAUUACUUCAAUGAGAAUCUCCAGAAACGUCGAAAUGAACGUGUACGCGCGGGCUUAGUUUCGAAAAGCAUCACGGAUUGCAAGCACGGAACGGUGGUGCGUCUGGAUGACAUUGUCCAGAGCCACCCCCUAAGUAAUGCAAGACACACCACCCUUGAGAUCCAUGACAUACUGUGUUCUUACUACAAAGUCGCCAGAAAGCGAUUCAUUGACGCAGUCCGUAUGCAAGUCGCCGACUGCAUGCUUGUGACUGGAGAAACAACACCAUUAACUUUGCUAUCCGCCCAACUCGUUGCUCGCCUUGAUCACGAGACGUUGGAGGAUAUUGCUGGAGAGGAGUUGCAGACAAAGCAUGAACGCUCAAGACUUGAGAAAGAAAUUAUUUUGCUGACAGAAGGGAAGAAGAUUGUUGGUUGAGUGCUUAUAAAGCCGAUCAUCUAACUAACUAACUAGUUAGAGUACUUGGAGUGUGUAAAAUCAAGUCUGCCCUUCAUCUUGAAUUUACUCACUUCUCCCUUUC